CAAAACAUGUCAACUGCCCGUCAGAAUGACACCUCCCAAAUUGACCGUAAAAUGACCACAGAAAAUGACCGAAAUUCCCCGAAAUAAUGCCUUCGGUAUCCAGCCUGCAUCGCUCCGACCAAACACCCCAAGUGUCUCAAGACCCCCCGCAGGACAAGAAGCUCAGCGUACUAGAGUCCCACGGCUACUACCUCGGCAAAACCAUCGGCACCGGCUCCUAUGCCACUGUCAGGGUCUCCCAUUCUGAAAGACAUGACGGCAACGUCGCAAUCAAGAUAGUCAGCAAGUUCUCCGCCCCUGCGGACUACUUGAAGAAGUUCCUGCCGCGAGAGAUCGAGGUGGUGAAGGGGCUGCGUCACCCCAACCUCAUCAGGUUCCUGCAAGCCAUAGAGACCACUCACAGGGUGUACAUUGUCAUGGAGUAUGCAGAGAACGGCAGUCUGUUGGACAUCAUCAGGAAGGACCAGUACAUCGAUGAGGUUAGGUCCAGGAAGUGGUUCAGGCAGCUGCUGGAAGCUGUGGACUACUGUCAUGAAAAAGGAGUGGUACAUAGGGACAUAAAAUGCGAGAAUAUGCUGAUGGAUAUCGGAUGGAACAUAAAGCUGUCCGACUUCGGGUUCGCCAGGACCACGGGCAAGCCGAAGAACGGUCAAACCACCCUGAGCGAGACCUAUUGCGGCAGCUAUGCGUACGCCUCGCCCGAAAUACUCAGGGGAAUCCCCUACCAGCCCCAGUACGCCGACGUGUGGUCCAUGGGCGUGGUACUAUUCGCGAUGGUAUACGGGAGGCUGCCGUUCGACGAUACGAACUACAGGGAGCUCAUUAAACAGGUAUCCAACAAAGUCGUAUUUCCCAAAGAUCCAAAGGUUUCUACUGCCUGUAGAUCGUUGAUCAACAAAAUUUUGGCCCCCCUGAAAUCCAGGGUCCGGAUUGGUGGUAUAAGAGUUGACGGAUGGUUCACAUAUGAUCCAGAAGCAGGCACCAGCAAAGACAAACGCGAGUCCAUCACCAGCGAAUCCGACAAGGAAGAAAGGAAGCUCUCAGUGGGCAGCAAAGAGGUAGUAUCGCUGAUAACGAAGCAGCAGCUUCAAGCCGAAGCUACGCCCCGCGAUAAGUACAGAAGGAGAAGCACAGAAGAAGAGAACGCCCUGAUGACGCAAGAGCCGGAGGAAAGUGAAGAGCAGGCCGUGAAGAACCUAAACAAGAUAGCGGCCAAGGCAAAGAAGGAGGAAGCGAAGAAGGAAGAGAGCAGCAAGAAGUGAGGUUAUGUUUGGGUAUAGUGCAUGAAGUAUUUGAUGUACCUAUUCUGUCUG